GGUUAAAAAGGUUUUAAUCCAAUAUGUCAGCGCCCAUGGAAACAUAUUGUCAACUUUAAUGAAACAAACUUUAUGAAUUUGCACUGAGCUACAAUGUCUUACAAAGAUCAGCACGAACGGUUUGUUAGUGGAAAUGACGGUUCAUCUCCUGUAGAGAUAGCUCUGGUGGGCGUGGCCUGUAUCAUCCCUGUGUACCUGAGGGACACGCUAGUGUCAGUAUUGUCGGAUAAGCAGAGAUGCAAAAUUGAGACUUCUCAUUGGCUUGGACUGAUGCUAGACUUCCUGCUGGUCAUCAUUCCAGUGCAGCUGAUGCUGACAUUGUUCAAUGGAUUUCCUCACUGCCUCUUCAUUCUUUUAAUGCUGCAGUGGAUUUUGUUCACAAGAAAAUUACGACAACCUAUAAUGAUUAAAGUGCGACAGAAUAUCAACAUUGGGGAAAUCCCAAUGGGAAAUAAACGUCCAUUCAUAACAUACUAUAGAGCAUACGCAAACCUCAUAACAGCUAUAUCUAUCUUGGCUGUGGAUUUUACAAUCUAUCCUCGAAAGUUUGCAAAAACAGAAACAUAUGGCACAAGUGUGAUGGAUGUUGGUGUCGGAGGUUUUCUGAUCUCAAAUGCCAUUGUCUCUCCUGAGGCCAGGGGGAUUCUAACCAAAGACAGCAUUAUGUUGUCCGUGAUAAAGUCUGUCAAGUCAAGUCUUCCCCUGAUUGUGAUUGGCUCUGUGCGUGUUAUCACUGUCAAGCUUCUCGACUACCAGGAGGUUGUCACUGAGUACGGUGUUCACUGGAACUUCUUCUAUACCCUGGCUGUUGUUAAGAUCAGCUGUACUCUGAUGUUCUGUACACUGCCUCCCAGACUGUGGAAUAUUGUUGGUGUACUUGUCAUAGCUAUGUACCAGCAUGGACUUGCGUACGGCGGACUCAAAGGCUACAUUAUCAACGGCAUGGAUGGGAAGGGAGGGCGGGGGGACUUCCUGGACGCCAACCGAGAGGGAAUCUUCUCCUGCCUAGGCUUCUUCAGCAUCUAUAUCAUGGGCGUUCAAAUCGGGAAGAUUGUCAUGCGCAAAAGGGAGAAGGUUUCUGAUUGGCUGAAGCUGUGCGCCACUCUUGUUGUACUCUGCGUAGGCUGCUGGGUCAUGAUGUACUUUACUUCGAAGCACGUCGAGAAAGUCUCAAGGCGCUUUGCAAACUUGGCAUACCUCUUGUGGGUGGUUGGCUUUAACACCCUGCUUUUGGUGUCGUUCCUUGUAUUCGACAUUGCAGUGUUUUGUCUGAACCAUGUCAGCAGGCUUGCCAGAAAACAAGAAUCUCCCGACUCUAAAGACGUCCAACUACCACCUCCAGUUGAAGGAUACUCCACUUGUGCUACCAUUUCUGCAAUCAGCUACAAUGGUCUCUUCUAUUUCAUGUUUGCUAACUUGCUGACUGGUUUGGUGAACAUGUCCAUGAAGACUAUUUACCAGUCUACAACUGUAGGGAUAGCGGUUUUGACUUGUUACAUGUUUGUUCUUUCCACUGUCACUUACUUUUUGUACACAAGAAAAAUCUCACUAAAGUUUUGGUAAUUCCAUGGAUUAUUUUAGAUGUAUUAGAAUUAUAUUGAUGGUAAGUUUUGAAAAUUGUAAAUAGAACUUCACCCAACACAUGUUCAUUUUUUUAAAUUAAAAUUAUUUUUUUAUGCGACAAAUGGAUUGCCGUCCGCCGUCAGCAUCUGCUAAAACCUUAACAUUGGCUCUUAAAUCAAAGUGCUUCCACCUACAACUUUGAAACUUCAUAUGUAGCUGCACCUUGAUGAGUUCUACUCGCCAGAUCCAUUUUUGGGUCACUACGUCAAAGGUCAUGGUCACUGCAACCUCUUAUAUAAAACUUUAACAUAGACUCUAAAAUCAAAGUGCUUCCACCUACAAAUUUGAAACUUCAUAUUUAGCUGCACCUUGAUGAGUUCUACACGCCACACCCAUUUUUGUGUCACUAGGUCAAAGGUCAAGGUCACUGUGACCUCUAUCUGACAAGCUUUCAUUUAUUCAAAACUGCACCCACAGCCGAGUGUUGGCACCCGCUAGGCGAUGCUCUUGUUUAUUUUGAAGAAUAUCAGUUUAAAAUAUAACUUUGAUUAUUUCAGUUAUACUCAUAUGUUUUUAUGCCAAACAUUUUUUGAUAAAAAUCUGCAAGAGUUGAAAAGUUACGGCGUAAUUGAUUCUCAUUUAGCAUUAUUAAAUGUUGUCACAUUUUUUUUUAGUUAAUAAAAAAUAAAUAUUAUGAGAGCAUGUGUGUUCGUGAACUUCUUUGAUUUGAUUAUAUUUUAGAUUUCAUGUUUCAUUAUUAAUGGCUAAAAGCAAAAAUAAAUGAUACAAAGUUCCAUCCAAUGAAUUGUCUUGCACAAUAUAGAGACAAAUAUUUAUGUUACCAGAGUCAAAUUUUGCAUAUUUUUGUUAAAUACCAAACAAAAAGGCUUAAUUGCAUUAUACAUAAAAUUUUAUUGAUUAACAAAUUGUAAUAAUUAUUUAUAAACUCUUUUAUUGUAAAAAUGAUUAGUUUAAUUAAUAAUGAGUUUAUCGAUUACUGAAUAAUCACUUUAAGUAAAGUUCUUUAUGUACUUUAGAUUUUUUAUCUAAAACAUAAAUAAAAGCACAAUGCUUUAGAAAAUAACCUGAAGUAGUAGUUCUUAUAGAUUUUAAUAGGCAAACAUUAAAUAAAAGUCUUGUUACCUAGCACUAGGGCAGGUAUGUAUGUGGACUCAACAAUUCUUGUAGGACUUGUGGCAAUAGUUUCACUUAAUCUCUGCAUGUUUCUUACGUUUAUUUUGACCUGUUAAGUUUGGGUUUAUGUAUACAUUUUAAUUGGAAAAAAAUCAUGUAUGCAAGAUCUUGUAUUCUCACUGUAAACGAGUCUUUUUUGAGGCUGAGCAUUUUUUUAUCAAUGUGCUUGAAAAAUCAAACAUCGUUAUAUUUAAUGAAAUGUUUGUGAAAUUAUUGAUUAUACACUUUGCAUGUAUUUAUUAUUGGUUUAAAAUUGCUCAAUUCCAUUAUUUGUGCUACUGUCUGUACAAUAUUCAUGUUAACGAAACAUCUGAAUUGUUUUUAUUACAAAUGUACAAUUGUUUGUAUGAAUCUUCGAUUCAGCAUUAGGCGCAGAGACGUAGAUAACAGAGAUAGGCAGCUCGCCAAAUAUCGACAAACUCUCGCACGUCGCGGGUUUCGGCGAGAUAAGCGCGCAACUGUAUGUCGGUUAUCUACGUAUCUGCCAUUGAGAAUAGGGACAGGAAGAUACGCUGGUGAACCAGUUGAUAAUAGAACAUGUAGGUUUUGUUAUCUAAUGUCCGUAG